GUGAGGAGAGGCGGCGGCGGCGCGCGCCGGGGCCGGGCGGGACCGGGGCGAGGCGUGCGGGCGCCGUCCCCGGGCGCGAUGCCUCUGGCCGGCGGUCCCCGCGCGCCGCGCCCCGCCGCGCCGCCCCGCAGCCUGUCCCGCCUGCGCGAGUGCCCGGGCCGCUCCCGCAUCGUGCUGGCGCUCGGGGCCACGCAGAUGGCGCUCGGAUGCCUCAUCGUGGCCGUCAGCUUCGCCGCGCUGGCGCUCACCACCUCGGCCCGCGUCCGCCACUCCUGCCCCUUCUGGGCCGGCUUCUCGGUGCUGCUGUCUGGACUCAUCGGCGUCGUCUCCUGGAAAAGGCCCCUUUCCCUCGUGAUAACCUUUUUCAUGCUGCUCUCUGCGGUGUGUGUAAUGCUGAAUUUGGCUGGUUCAAUUCUCUCCUGUCAGAAUGCUCAGCUAGUCAACUCCCUAGAAGGCUGUCAGUUGAUUAAGUUUGACAGUGUCGAGGUGUGCGUCUGCUGUGAAAUGCAGCACCAGUCGUCCGGCUGCAGCAACCUGGGGGAGACGCUGAAGCUGAACCCGCUGCAGGAGGACUGCAACGCCGUGCGGCUGACCUUGAAGGACCUGCUCUUCAGCGUGUGCGCCCUCAACGUGCUCUCCACCAUCGUGUGUGCGCUGGCCACAGCCAUGUGCUGCAUGCAGAUGGUCUCCUCCGACGUCCUGCAGAUGUUCCUUCCCCAAAGGGCACCUUCUGCCAGUCCGGCCUGCGUGACCCCGCACGGCACUGUGCUCCACCAGACCCUGGAUUUUGACGAGUUCGUGCCCCCGCUGCCCCCUCCCCCCUAUUAUCCUCCGGAGUACACCUGCACACCCACCGCCGAGGCCCACAGGGGCCUCCACCUGGACUUUGCUCCCUCUCCGUUCGGCACCCUGUACGGCGUCGCCAUCAACAGCCCUGGCCUGCUCUACCCCGCCGAGCUCCCGCCGCCCUACGAGGCCGUGGUGGGCCCGUCCCCCGCCAGCCAGCUCACGAGUGCAGACCAGCAGGUGACCGAGCCCAGCUCUGGGGACCCGGAGGCCACCACCGGCUUCAGCACACAAGCGCCGGCCGACAGCACGAGCCUCCUGGCCUCCGAGGGUGCUGCUGCCCCGGGCCUCAGCUGCCCAUCUCCUGAUGGCCCCCCUGGCAGCCCACUGCCUGCCCCGCGCCCUGACCACACAUCCCCUGAGGGACCCACUCAGGGCAUGCGGGAGCGGCUGGGUCCCAGGCGUGUGGCCCGCUCUGUCAGUGACCCCACCUCAUGCAUGUCCAGGACAGCAGGCGAUGCCUCGGCGCACACCCCCUCCCACUGCCAGGACCUGGAGGCGGGCCUGUCCCGGGCUGCCCUGGGGACUGCUUCCCUGUCUCAUUCUUUCACGGCUGCCUGUGUCAGUGGGCACCAGCUCUCACCCCCCGGGGAGCCAGAUGCCUGGAAAGCGGGCCAGCGGUUAAAGCCAGAGGCCUUACAGACGGUCUCCAAAGAGCAGCCGCACCCUUUAGUGGACAGCAAGGCCUACGCGGACACUAGGGUUUUGGUGGCUAAGUUCUUGGAACAUGCCAGCUGUGCCCUGCCCAGUGAGGUGCGGCACGUGGUGGGCUCCACCCGAUCGGCCAUCCCCCGUGAGGAGCGCCACAUGGAGGAGGCUGUCCUCAGCGCCCGCGUCCUGGAACAGCUGUGAGGGCACUGCAGGUCUGAACGUGGAGAGGACAGGCCUGGUGUUGGGGUCCCUGCCGGGGCACGGGCCUGUGGGGAGGAGCUGCUGUCUGGGAGUAUCUGGGGUGGUUCAGGUGGGAGGGACAGCUGUUCCCUCCGUGGCAGGAUCCCAUCAGUGGUGUCCUGGAGGUGAUUCUUCCUGCCUGUCCCAGGGACACAGCAAAUGACUUUCUUGAGCCCCUUGUAACUUCUUUGGUUUUGUUGGCACGUGGCACCUCAAACUCCCAGUGACAGGUGACACUCAAGUAAUUAAGGAAACUGAAGCAUCUUCUACACCGUGGCCGUCAAAGAGCAGGACCCCCCACCCCGAGGUAGUUGAGUGUUUAAGUGACUCAAGGACAUCAAGGAAUGAGACUCGGUUGCUUCCUGUUGCUCCAAGGUCACCCCUUUCUCAGAGGCUGACUUUAUAAAGAAAUUCUAGCACAGAUGACAGCCUGGGCCCAGCCUUCUGCCCGCAGGGCGACAGGGCCCCAUGUGAACAGAAGGACAGUGGGGGACUCUGUCCGGCCCCGCCACCGUGGGAGGCGGACAGGGGUGGCUGGGGGCUCUGAGGGACCCCUGUCACCUUGUCUUCUGCUCCUUGCCUCCCCCAAGGGCACCGUCCCUGCUUCCUCCCCGUCUCUCUGUUGUCUGUCACUUGACCUGGUCAGCACAGAGCCCUGUCAGGGGUGGUUUGCCCCUGACGUCAGCCAUCGUGCGAGCCCGGGGCCCUCCCCCCAUCCGCCCUCCCAGCUCAGCCUUGCUGGGUGGUGGUCUGGACGCCUCCCAAGAGAGCAGGUCUCUGAUGACCUGGAGCGUCCCUUCCCCAGCUGUGGGCCGCGGGCACACGUGCCGGGGAGGAUGCCAGUCAUAAAGCACUUCUCUCCAUGAAGCCCACCAAGCCGGGGUUGCAGGAGGCCCCUCGGCCGGCCUGGCCUCUCCAGCAGCGGCAGCUUGGGCGCUUUGACCUUCCCGGUCCCCAGCCCCCUGUUCUGGCCACCUCGGCAGCAGCUGCUUCCUCACAAUGGCCCUGGAGCAGUGCUGUCCUGGAGAACUUUCUGCAACUGUAAGGAUACCUGAGCUGCGACCCUGAGCUGUGGCCUGUGGCUCCUGCAUUGGGCCCGGCAGCCCAGAGCCCACGGUUCUCAACUGAAAACCCAUCAGCCCGACUCGGGGGGGUGCGGGGGGGGGGGGCGCCGGGCGGGUGACCCCCACUGCUGGGCAUCCAGCAGUCCAGGGGCUACACCACACUAUAGCCAGUGUGCCGGGGGUGUGUCUGUGUGACCCUGGAGCAGAAAAGGGGUGGUAGGGGUGUUUCCAGCCCAGAUGCCAGGGGAGCCCCUGGGAGCUGGGGUAGGAAGCCUGCGGGGACCGUCAGCUGCCAGCGCUUCGCUGCACUGAUGCCAUCAGUGGUCAUUGCCUCCCAGAGGUGAGAGAGCGGGACAGACACAAACCAGCCUUGUGAUGACAGCCAGAACGCGUCCACUAGAGAUGUCCCAGAGAUGAAUCUAUGAGCACUUUAUCCAGACUAUAAGACAGAAACUGUUCUCUAAUUUUUCUCAGCUGAGGGCUUCUGAGCGCCCUCUCUCUGCAGAGCGACUCUCUUUGCAGGUAAAGUGAAUUGAUGGUUUUUCAGGUGGCCUCCUGAGCCUCCCGGCAAGGCAUUAAUGGCCCGGCACCCUGGUCUCUGCAUCAGGUGUCUCUGGGGAGGAAGCCAGAGCUCAGCAGGCCGCAGGGGACUCACCUGUGUGUUGGCCUCACCCAGCGGGGCCCCUGGGCCGAGCCUGCAGGUCUCAAGACGUGAAUGCGGCACAAGUGAGGCCCAUGCUACGUCCCCCACCUCCUGAGCAUCAGAGCUGUCACUGCAGCGGGGCGAGUGACCUCCAGGAGCCCGGCCUGGUGCUCUGUGUCCUGUGCUUCCCUUCCUGCAGGAGGACAGUGUCCUCUGUCUCCGGGGACCCGCCCGGGCCCACGCGUCCACUCGGUGCAGGUGCUGCUCUGGCCCGAAGCCCUCAUCCCGGACACGUGUGGGCGCCGGCCCCACAUACAGCCUCCCACUCAGUUUUGUGUUUGCUCUCCUAGAAACUGCUGGCGGUGAGGGAGCUGUAUCCAAUUCUCUGCCACUGGGCUAGAACCUUCUGCCCACCCUCUCAGGGCCCCUGUGGCCCACGUCGGCUCCAGCAGGGCUCAGGCUCCCAGCUUCCAGGAAAGGUGCCAGUUGGCGGCCCUGGGAAGGGGCCGGUACCUCCAUCCCUGCUCUGCCAAGUGGUAGCUGGGGACUAGGAGCCCCAGACGGUGUGCUUUCCCUGACGCCUCCCAGGACACGAAGAGGGCCAGCUCAGCCUGGGGCCAGAGCUCUCCAGACAGGACACUGCCAUUUGACCCCUGCCUGGGGGCACCAGGAUGCUAAGGUGCAGGCGCUCUGGACCCCAACUCUGGGGCAAAUGUGGGGAGCUUAUCCUGCACAAGGACUUCAAGUCUCCUGCAGCUGGCCACAAGGAUACCAAUUCUACGCCUGUAACAAACCACACGAAAGGAAGCUUACUUCAAAUGAAUGUUUUUUCCCCUCAGCUGUUAUUGAUUCACAGAUGCUGCCCUGAGGCAGAAUUUAUAGGAAAUUGUUUUCAAGCCUGUUUGUACAACUGGAAGGUCGUAUUUAUUUAAUGUACCUCAAGGUGUUUUCAUAAUGAUCAGUGUUUUAAUAAAAACUAUUUCUGGCCCCUGUGUCUCCGAGGUUUCAUUGGAACCGACGGAAGCUGAGAGCUGUGUGCACCGCUGGUGGCCGGGUCCCAAGGGUGGGCUCAGGCUGGGCGGCCAGCGAGCCUGGGCCCCCCGUGGACCCAAUGUGCUUCCUGAUGUCCUUCUGGAGACGGUCAGGCUCUGGGGGCGUGAGGGAGAGCAGGCAGGCGCCCAGACGCAGGUAGGUCCCACUGACCCUGGUCCCAGCCUUCUGGGAGGAAAUCCGGCUUUACUGUUGAUGAUUUUUAGUGUGUCUCAUUUGACUGACAGCUGCCCCCAUGUCA